UCAUUCUCCUUUGUUCUCUUUUCCCGAGAUUCCUUCAUUUGUCUGAAGACAGAACCCACAAGUUUCCCUUUUUGUUUUCAGUAUUGCAUGCAUACCCGGUUUUUAAUAUGACAGUAUUUUGAUGGUGUUGCAGAUGUUAGUUGUAACAAGUUUGAUUCUUAUGGUGUUUGAACCAAAAUCAACAACAAAAAAAGCCUCAGGAAGAGUUGCAAUUUGGUGAAAUCAAUUCACUUUUUUGUUAGAGGGUUAAUUUUUGGGGACGGCAUAUAAAUGGCUUCAUCUUUGGAGGAGCUUCUUGCAGAGGAAGGGUUCAAAGGAAGAAGAAGAGUGACAAGGUCUAGAUUUUCCUUCCACAAUGGUGCUUUGAGUGAGCCACUUUACUCUUUCGAAGAGAGACUUUGUGUAUCAAGUGAAAGAAUCAAAACACACAGAACAAAAUCUGAUGCCUCACAAUCUCAGAUUAGAAGUGGACCGCUACAAAGUGAUACUCAUACUGCUAAGAACCGGAGGCCAAGGGAUAGCCUCUUCAUAAGAGACAAAAUGGAUGAACGUUUGAAGAAUGAAACUGAGAAGAAACGUUCAACCGAUAAAAAAUCAGGCAAAGGAAUUGAUAACAGUUCAUCAGAAUACAAGCCAAGGUAUGAGAUUGUUGAGGUGAGUGAGCAAGAAGAUAGCAUAGUUGAAGAUAUUUAUUCAGACCAAGUGUCUAAUUCUAGAAGAGGCAAAGAAAAGAAUUUCAAUGAACUUGUGGGAAAGCAAGUCAAGGACCCAAAAAUGAGUAAGAUGCAUAGCAGAAGUUCCAGUAAUCAUAUGCUUGGACACUGGAGUGGGAAUAGAAAGAGUAUAAAAUCCCAGGAGGACUCGUACACUAGAUCUAAUAGCAAAAACAUUGAAGAUGGCAGCAAUAAAAAUAGAGAUCACGCUAUGCAAAUAGCUUCUAGUUUCGCUCUUGAUGAAGUUGCUGUCCAAGCAAUAGUUUCCAUUCUAAAUGGGUAUAUAAAACGAUUUCUAAAAGAUGAGGACUUUCGGUCUACAUUGCGUCACAAUUGUUUCUCCUCCUUGAAUUUUGUUGAACUGGAAGAAGAGAACAAUACUGAGACCAAAGUCAUAAGAAGUCUCGAGCAUGCAAUUGAGACCGUAGAACAAACUGCUGAGGAGCCUAUAUCUACCACAUAUCUGAAGAGAGCCACCAUGCAGCUAAGCAUUAUUACAGGUUUGAGUUUAAAUGAUUUGAAGUAUGGGUUUACAUGUGGUAUCCCGAAUUAUAAGCUGUCAGCAUGUGCUCAUCUUUACCUCAGUGUGGUAUAUAUGAUACAGAGAAAAAAGGAGGUGUCAGCAAAGCAUCUCUUGCAAGUGUUCUGUGAUUCACCUUUUCAGGCAAGGACAAUAUUGUUGCCUGAACUGUGGGAGCACCUAUUUUCUCCACAACUUUCCCAUUUGAAGGCAUGGUGCAACAAGGAAGCUGAAAUUCUAGUGGAUGCAGCAAGCAAAACAGGAAAGCUGAAGCUUCUUCAAAAAGUGUAUGAUGAACAUUUGGAUUCCGGAACUCAUACAUUUGCCGUAUACUACAAAGAUUGGCUCGCUGAAGGAGUAGAAUCUCCAUCUAUUCCUUCUAUCGGCAUUCCUUCAAUAUCUGUUACAGGAAGUCAACAGGUUAGUUCACAUGGUCAUUCUUCGGAGUCUGCUAGCUCCCCUGAACCAUUCUCACCACAGCCACUGGUCAGCAAGAAACUAUAUGAUUCUGUCUUUGGGAAUUCGAGUAAACCUGGAGUUUAUGAAGUCAAAGAUAAUGAGGAUGAAGAUAAACUAGAAAAUUGCGUGAGAGGCUCUUAUGGUUCAACUAUUGUUGAACAAACAAUAGUGUAUGAGUCUGAAACUGUUAAAUUUACGGAUCAAGAUGUUGAAGAUUUCACUCAAAGUGUACUAGUCGGUGCAUUCCAUCCUCAGAAAGGAACUUCAAUGAUGGCUGUAGAAGAAUGGCAAGAAACGAAUCUCAGCAAUGAAAUUAAUAACUCUUUCUCCAUACAAACUAAUUUAAACAGCGGCACAAUUGAUGCUCAACCACAUGGAAAACCAAAUAAGAUAAGCUCUGCAGUUGAAGGAUCAUUUUUUCCAAGCAUUCCACAGGAAUUUAUUUGUCCUCUUAAUGGAAAUCUCUUUGAGGAACCAGUAACUCUAGAGACUGGUCAAACCUUUGAAAGAGAAGCCAUCAAAGCAUGGUUUGAAAAGGGAAACAGAACAUGCCCGGUAACAGGAAAUACCUUAGAAUGUGUAGUGAUGCCACUUACCAACCUUAUUUUGAAGCGUUUGAUCGAUAAUUGGAAGUCAGAACACUUUAGUCACCUUCUGGAUUUUGCUUUUCAAACAGUGGGAAAUUCAAAGGAACUUAAGUUGAAAAAGAGGGAUGAGGCUACCGUUUUCAAGUUAAAGAGUCUUCUCUCAUCUUUGCAAGAAGAGGACAAAUCAACUUAUGCUAAGCGUCUCAUCUCUUUAGGAGUUCUUUCAUUUCUGUUAAGGAGGUUUGAACUGGGAAAUGUGGAAGAAAAAUCACAAGUGUUGUCACUCUUGAUAAACUGUAUUCAAGCAGACUCAGAUUGUAUAUUUCAGAUAGCAAAGAGUAUUGACAGAAAAUGUCUUUGUCAGCUUCUUCACAGCAAGGAGGUUACCUCAAUAACAAAUGCAAUAGUAUUCCUUACUGAGCUUGUAUCGAUGAAGAGGAGAAAGGAUGUUACUUCAUUCAUAAGUAGCUUGGCGGGUGAAGAUGUAUUUAAUACAAUGCAUGUUCUGCUCAUUUAUCUCGCCAAUUCUUCUCCGCAUGAAAAGCCUCUAAUUGCUGUCCUUUUGUUACACUUUGAUCUACUGGUUGAGCCUCAAAAGUUUAGCAUAUACAGAGAGAUGGCUGUGAAUGCCAUUGCAGUGGGACUUGAUGCCAGCUUAAAUGAUGAGAAGGCCCGAGUAAAGUGUUGCAGAGCUCUUUUAAUCUUGUGUGGGCAUUUUUCUUCAACUGGAAAGACACAGACCAUGAGUAGCAUCUUAAAACAAGCAGGUUAUAAUAAUGAUAGCUCACAAGUGAAACCUCCUAGCCAUGAAGAAGAAGGCCAGCAUUCAGAUGUAACCAUUUCAUUGGAAGAUGAAGAAGAAAGGGGUGAAGAGUUGCAAAUGAACUUGUUAGAAUCAUUGAUUGGUAAUGGAGAAAGCCCAUUUUUGAAGACUAUAUCUAGUUGUUUAGAUUCUAGACACCUAGAUUUGGUGAGGGCGUGUCUAAUAACUGUUACAUGGUUGAGCUCCUCACUUUGUACACUAUUUAAUGCUGGAGUGCAUCUUCCUGCCCUCUUAACCAUCAUCUCUCAGUUGAAAGGAAUCCUGGAAAAUGGAGAACUUGAGUUCAAGACUCUUGCAUCUAUGUCCUUACUUAAUUUCAGUAAAAUAUCAGAAUGUAGAACUCUUCUGAAGACUAUGGCAGAAGAUAUUGCUCCCCUUCUUCAUGGACUUAUUGAUGUAACAUGGCCUGCAAAGCAGCUGCAUGCCAUUGUGUCUGGGGAGAAUCUGUAGUAUUAUACAAAAUAUAUCUUUGCCUCCUCAUUUCCGGAGUUCCAAUUUUGAUGGUAUCCAAUUUUUCAUUUUAAAAAAAAAUUAUGCUGCUUGUAUAUGAAAAG